CCGGAAGCCGAUAGAUUCCCCCCACACCAUUGUUCUCCUAUCUACCCCCGACCCUCUCCCUCCCUCCUCCCCCAACACCGCAAUCCAAACCCUAGCUAGCUGCUCUCCAGAUCUCGUCGUCUCCCCCUCUCAUGGCCGCCGACUCAGCUCCCGCCGCUCCCUGCCUCUUCUAGCCUUCACCCCAGCCAGAUCGCGUUCGUCCGUGCCGACCAUGGAGGCCGCCGAGGACGCGGCCGCCGCGGCGCCGGACUCGUGGGAGACGGCCGACCUCGACGGCGCCAUGAGCCGCCUGCUCCUCUCCGCGCGCCGCGUCAACUCCUCGCCGGACCUCGCCGACGACGACGACCCGGCCGCGAACGCGGCGGCGGUGCAGCCGCAGCAGCCCCCAGCGCGGGCCGACGAUUUGGUCGCGCAGGUGGACCAGUUCCUCCGGGAGGCCCUCGAGAAGCCCCGGGAGCGCCUCUCCGUGCUACGCAUGGAGCAAGACAUUCUCAAGUUUAUUCAUGAUCCUAGACAGACACAGUUUGAGUUCCAGGGUCUUCCGACUUCGUACUUGCGCCUCGCUGCACACCGUCUGGCACAACAUUAUUUCUUGCAAUCGAUUGCUCUACCAGAUAACAGCUUGCCUGAUGGAACCAGCUCCCGUAUCAUCCUUCGUAAGACAUUGCCUGAAUGCCGAUUGCCUGCUAUCCGCCUAGCUGAUAUUCCAGUUAAUUUGCCACAAGAAGAGGGUAGCUCUGUGGCCAAAGUAGCUAUUAAGCAAAGGCCCCAGAAGAAUUAUCAUGGCAGCGCAGGUGCAGGUGCUAAUUCAUCCAGAGGCAAUCUCCAGAAAAGCGUUGAAGAGAGGAAAGAGGAAUACAACAAGGCACGUGCUCGGAUAUUUAACAACAGCAGUGGUAGCGGCAAUGUGGCUGAUGGAAGACCACUUGAUGAAGUGAUUUUACCCAAUACCUUACAUAGGUCCACUUCAUUGGAGUUGAACCCAAACACCAGACUCGGCGAAGUGUCUGAAGCUACCCUUGAAAGGAGUUUGACUAGUACUUCAUCUAGCAGCAGAUCAAAUAGAAGCAGGAUCGAGAAGGAGCCUCCGGUCAAUAGAAACAGGCAAGGCAAUAGGGUGGCAAUAUUUCGAGACCGUGACUCAGAUCGCAAGGAUCCUGAUUAUGACAGAAGCUAUGACAGGUACAUGCAAAGAUUUGAUCCUGGAUUUGGAUUUAAUGGAGGUUCGUACACCAUUCAACCUCUGUAUGCUCCCACUGUCACCUACAACACAGAGUUUCCCCAGCUUGGAUCAGCACACAUGUCGCCUGUUCCUGUUGAGCAGCAACCUCAUCCAAUAGCUCAGCACAUUCCUGGGCCCUGGUCACCAGCCCAAUCUCCUAAUGCAAUUGGCUACCGGCCUCCAGAUGGUGUAAUACCACCCUACAGUCCUGGUCAUGCGGGUGCACCAGUCAGAUCAUCUGUUUUUAUGCAUACAUCCCAGCAAUAUGCUAUGCCUUCUCGCCCAGGAGUCACGUUUGUACAUCCACAGGAUUCCAUGCGACCGUUUGCACAGACUCACCAACAACAACCUGAUGCUAGUUUGCGCCUAGCCCGGCCCCGAUGAGGGGCCUGGGCAUGCCUGCACCCUGCCAGCACACUCCGAAUAUCAAAAACAAAUGGGAUGAAAUAUCCUUUUCAUUUAUAGCUGGCAGAUGGUAGCAGGCAUGAAAGAACCGAGAAGCACAGGGCAGAGCUAGUCAUGCGCUUGAUCUUGUCAUGCUCGUGCAAUUCUCGGUGUUGUUGCUCUCUGCGCAUUGAGACGCAGGAGGGGGACCUGACUCUAUCCAUGAAGAAAACUCCAGACUGUUGCAUGGACCUCAAGUCCAAUGCAUAAAAGAAGCUGAGAAGUGAAGGGCAGAGACAGGCAUUGUCUCGCCCCUCUUUGGUUUCUUUGUUCUGGGCCUGUUGUUCCUUGCAGAUUCAAGAUUUGAUGCAAGAGGGGCUCAUCUUGUUGCUGCUUGCUCCUUGGAAGACGUGGGGAGCGUUGGGCUGCUUGCAUCCAGUAUGUGGAUAGUUAAUCCAGACCUUGCUACCCAAUUGGAGUACCAAACCUGUAUUGUUUCUCGCUGGUGCCAUGCCAUCGCCUGAAGCUGUGCACGGCUUGGGAUGAACUGGAAUGAAGCUGUGUCAACUGCGGCCCUUGCACUCCUUCUCUCAGGGUCUUCCUCAGAAACAGCUGCUGCUGCUGACGAGGAGAUGCAGACAUGGUUUCGUGUCGCUUUAAGAUUUAAGAUUCUAAUUUAAGUAGAGUACCGGUAUGUGUUGUUGUACAUGAGCGUUGAUAGUUGAGUGACUUAACAACUGGUUCCUUACUGUGCGGUUACAUCUUAAAGAUGCUGUUAUGAUCGAUUAGCGUUUUACAGCUCCCAGAGCGCCAGUUACAUCUUUGUGCUACUUAGCUCGUCUCGUCGGUAUGAAAAUGAUUCUGGUUGUUCGGGAUGAUGUACAUGUUGCAUUCACAGAUUAUCUUUGUUGGCCACAACUGGGAGAUUAUGUUUACGUUAUGCAGUUUUCUUA